AUGCAGGAAUCCAUGAGGGAAUGGCUGUCGCAGCUCCAGCUUUCCGAGAACAGUUCUCUGUGCCAGAUGCAGUUAUACCGCAUGCUGCGAGACCUUCGGGACAACUGCAAGACCCUGCUUUCCAACCUGAAAGUAACAAGAGGAUGGAGGACUUGUGGCCAGAGUGCAGCAGACGUCUUUCUGCAUGGGCGCACCCUCCUGCGGGCCAUGCAAGUCCCUUUCGAUCGGCUCCUGAGUGGAGCGCCGCUGGAGAGCACCCUGCCACUGCUGGAAGCCCUGUGGUUCAUGCGAGACUGGCUGCCCAAGUUGGCUAGUAUUGGGAAGCACGCUCUUUUGUGGGCCGGGUUUUGGCAAGCCGAGCCCUCGGGCCGGGCCGGCAAAAGCAAUCUCGCCCACUUUGCGGAGCUGACGGAUCAUCAGACGGUCCAUCCGACCACGGAGCUGGGACAGAUCAUCGCAGAUGGUGGCGAGCUAAGUGGGUGCUACGGCAACCGCCUGACCUCGGAGUUCGCCGCAAACCUCUGGUCCAUCGCCAGCAUGUUCUUCGUGAGGGGCAUGCAAUUUUCUGGCCAAGGAAGUGUCGUGGCGCUGGUGAACAAGAAGAUGGAGGGUGCCCGGCCACUGAAGGACUCCGUCCUUGCCCAGUACGAGAUCCCGACCGUCGGGAAUGCUGCUUGGACCACUCAAUGGGGAGCUGAGGUGAUCUUGAUCGAUCUUCAAGGUACCUGCAGCGACACCAGUCCUUAUCUUCGGCAGCGGCUGGCCACAGGCCUGGGAGGAUUGUGGGAGCUCUACCAACAGAAGCAUUUCACGGCUGAAGAGUUUGCCCAGCUCUCGCGCCCUUCUUGGACCUGCAUUGAUUGUGGUGCGGACAGCGGCUGCGAGCUCGACGAGCAGUUGGCUGGCGUCGUCCGGAGCCGUUUGGAGGCGAAGCGCCUCCGUGAUGAGACUGUCCAGAGGCUGUGGGAGGCUGCGGAUCAGCGCAACCUCGUGGAGGUGAAGAGGCUGCUGUCCGCACACCCGGCCCCAGAUGUGGACUUUCGCGUGUCCUUGGACUUUGAGAUGAACCAUCACGCACGCCUGAACACCAUACGCACUGUCGGCUACACGACCUUACUCCACCAUGCGGCGGACCAGGGCCAGGCCGACUUGGCACGGCUGCUGCUGGGUGCAGGCGCCGAUCCCAACCUGAAGGACGAGGAAGGCAAGACGUCACUGGGAUUGGCGGCAUACAGCGGCCACCAGGAGGUGGCAGGGCUGCUGCUGGCCGGUGGCGCCGACCCCAACGUGAAGGACAUGUUUGGGAAGACCCCGCUCCAGCUGGCAGGAGAGCAGGGCCACACGGAGCUACAGCGGCUGCUGCUGAGCCAGGGUGCUGAUCCCAAGCUCAGGGCCGUUGCGAAGUCUCCCGCGUUCUGGCCGAAGGCAAUGAAGGUGUUACGGCUGCUCCGGCAGCAUGGUGCGAUCUCAUUUAAACCCUUCUGA